UUACUUCAGUUUAACUGUCAACCGUAACUGGCACGGAAGCUACACGCUCUUUUUGUAAACGAUUUUUGGUCAAGAAAUACGAGUUUUUCCUCAUUUCCUGCUUAAAUUUUGAACAGAGAAGCAAGCGUUAGGCAUCAUACACGAAGUUUCCUACUCAGAUCGUUCUUUUUUCGAUUGAUAAAACCAUCUGUGCCGUCGCCAUUCUGUUCGGUCGGAAGCUGCACAAAAUGGCAUCUGCUCGAGCAUUCGGAAUCCUGAACAACCAAAACCAAGCAAACGGAAAUCAAUUCGUUGGAAAAAACAUUCAAUCGCUAAAGGGAAGCGAGCAACGAUCCGGCACCGCCUUUGCCCUGAAAGACCUAACGAACAACAAUAGGGCACAGCAGCGCACCAUCGUACACCAGGAUGGCAAGGGCAAAAGCAACAGCAGCAGCAGCAACAAUAAGCAGCUGAAAGCCACAACGAACAGCAUCCUACACAAAAUUGGCCUUACCAACGAACAAGCUGCUGCCUCCCGUAAACCAGCGUCCCACAGUUCCUUUGACAUCUACUCUCCUCAAUGUGCUGAAUUCGCCUGGGGACAGGCAUCCUGUCUGCGGGAUGACCUUCUAGAACAGAUGAUCGAUUUCAACGGUGUAUCGUGUGACAUUAAGCGUAAACCUCUGCCAGCUGUCCGUCCAGAUCCGCUCGAUCUACCGGAUCUGGGCGAUGAUCUGUGGGAUGAGGACAACUUCCGGCCCCUGAAAGACCAUCGGCUUGCGUCGGUAAAACCGUUGGAUCUUCCGGUCGAUGAUUUUCCUCUGGUGGACAUUCAGGAUUUAGAGUUUAUCUUUUAGACUGUAGUGUUUGGUGUUAUUAUCUCAAUAUAUAUUUGUGUGUGUGUGUUGUACAAAUUGUGUGAAUCUCAGGCAGCAUUUCGAAUUGGCUGCUCCGUUUUGUAGAAGUGUAAGUGUAACCAUUGUUAAAACCAACAAGGCAUACAUGUAAGAAUAGUGCUAGACCGUAACCGAACUGAUGUAAAUAAAGACACAAAAGAACGGGAAUGCGUUAAACAA